AGCUGUCUUGCUUGUGCCUGAUUUGAGAGAACGUUUUUUGCACCUUCUGUGCAUACAUACAGCAAGGAAACUCGAAAUAAAAUUUUGCGAGCUUCAUGCACAUUCAGUGCCAAGUAUUCGCAUGUAAUUUUUAUCUUGUCAUUGGUUGAUUUAUUUGUUUUAUUGAUCGUUUCUAAACGGUUAAUCACGUAGUUUUAUUUCAAAAUAAUUUUAAAGCAGUUAUUUCUUUCAUAACAAACGAUCAAUUGGUUAAAAAUAAGUUAAAACAAACUUGUUUUCUGUAACACAAUUAGAACAUUUCUUUCUCCAGACAUGAGUAAAAUUUUACAAUAACAAUACUGCCAAAAAUCCUCUCAGACAACACAAUAAAAGAGAACAUCAUAAAAGUAGAAAAGAAAAGUAGAAUAAUUUUUUGUAUAGUGAAAUAUGCACUCUAUCUAAGAAAAUCUAUAGAAAAUUUUUACUAGCUAACGUUUAGUGCAUAUAAUAGUGUAUACAAGAUGAACGCCAACAAUUAAAAAUGGACCGGAUGAGAUGGAGAGCAUUUUAUUAAAUGUCUAUGAUCGUGUGGCCGUCGAAUAGGUGAAAGGUAGUAAAAACAAACUACAAAACUGCCGACGAAAAUGGCCGAAGAAAUCAACUGUUUGAGGCCAGCAACUAGUGUUCCCGUAGCCAGUUGUGAGGGCGAAUAUACUUGGACUUACCGUGAACCUCUUUUGCAUUUGCAAAAAUAUUCGCCGCUAAUUCGUUUAAUCGAUUUUGUUGAAAAUAUUAAAUGUAAACGUUUUUACGAGCCAUCGGAGCGCUUUCAAAUGUUAAUGUCGGCUUGCAUUCUGCGCCAAAAUUCACCAUUCUGCCAAACUCGUCGUUUUCCUGAAGACUAUUGGGUCAACUUAUCAGUAGGCCAGAUGGCCAAUGCCUUAGAUAAUCUUGUUACUGCGCUUGAUAUACCUACAACCGAAUUUUAUGGUCACAUACAAGUGGCCGCAAGCGAUCUGGACAACUACAAGCAAAAAUUUAAUUCUUCAAUGGAAGAACUGCGGCGUUUAGUAUACUGCACUGAUUUAGAUAAAUUAGCUGACAUUGGGGUUUACAAUCGACAAACGUUUGAACAACGUUUCAAUAUGCAAUGGUACGAGCAUGGCGGACUAAGAGCUUGAACAACUGCGUGUAUGCGUUUUGGAUCUAUAUUUCCAUAUUUGCGAAUCUUGUCGCUGAAAUUACUUAAUUAGAGCAUGUGUCAGGAUAAUUGGAAUUAAUUUUAAAUUAUUUAAAACUUAGCUUUAACUCAACAUUAUGUUAACACGUAUGUGUAUCAUGCCGCUGAAUCGGCUGGAUUACCAUAUGUGCCAGGUUAUAUAAAUUAUUACUUUAAUAGAACAAAUAUAUUUCCAAACGCUGAAUAUCUAUGCUGUGAUGGGAUGGCCAAAUCUUAUUAUAACUUUUAAAUAAUAAUAAUAAUAAUAUAAAA